AUGGCUCAGCCGCAGCUCUGCUCCUACAGCCGGGGUCCGACCCUGGUUCUGCUGCAGCUCAUUCACCUCACCAUUCUUAACCCAUCCUUUGUAUCUAGUUUUUGGGAUAAAAGCAUUGACCAGAGUCCCAAGCUCAUCUACCAACAACCCAAUCCCAGUGUGCACUAUGAGUACAGUGUGCCCUCAGCUGACACAGAGCCACAUGAGGCCUCAAAUGCUGUCACUUCUGGUGGAACCACCACAAGAUCACCACACUCAGGAGACACAGCUAACCAGAGUGACAUCUCUAACAACAAGAUCAAUGAGAACUCUCUCCUGCCUAAGGCCACAACCACACCGGCUGUGACCACAAAGCCUCAGCCUGUGUACGAGUGGGUGCAGUCUGGUCACAGCGAAUGCAGCGCUACAUGUGGCACAGUGCACAGCGGAGUGUGGCAAAGGGAAUCGUACCCGGACAACUGUUUGCCUUAUGGACUAUGUGACAGAUCUUCCACUCGGCAGCUGUGA